AUGCGCAUCCUCUCCAUCACUCUCGCUGUCUCCCUCGCCUUGGUUGCAAUCACCAAGGCUGCCCCCAUGCCCAUGCCUGCUCUGGAUGAGAACUCCAGCUUUGACGAGAAAGAAUUCGCAUGCGUCGAACAGUGCAUUCAGACCGAGAAUGACUGCCUCAUCGCCACCACCAACGGCAUGGCCUCCUGUUUCGUUGCCUUUGACAACUGCCACGCCAUCUGCGUCCCCGAACUUGAUCAGCCCAAACCCGAGGAGCCCCCAGUCAUCCAAAUUAACUCGCCCGGUCUCGAUAACCCCACCAUUGACGAUGCUCAGGUGACUCCCCCUGGUGAGGGCGCCCCCGAGGUGACCGACGAUACUACUGACGGUGCCGAUGACACUACCGGUGGUGCUGACACUACCGAUGGUGCUGACACUACCGAUGGUGCUGACACUACCGAUGGUGCUGACGAGACCGAUGGUGCCGACGAGACCGACGACACGACAGAUGGUGCCGACGAUACCGAUGGUGCUGACGAGACCGAUGGUGCCGACGAGACCGACGACACGACAGAUGGUGCCGACGAUACUGAUGGUGCUGACGAGACCGAUGGUGCCGACGAGACCGAUGGUGCCGACGAGACCGAUGGUGCUGACGAGACCGAUGGUGCUGACGAGACCGAUGGUGCUGACGAGACCGAUGGUGCUGACGAGACCGAUGGUGCUGACACUACCGAUGGUGCUGACGAGACCGAUGGUGCCGACGAGACCGACGACACGACAGAUGGUGCCGACGAUACCGAUGGUGCUGACGAGACCGAUGGUGCUGACGAGACCGAUGGCACUACCGAUGGUGCCGACGAGACUGACGACACUACUGAUGGUGCUGACGAUACCACUGACGGUGCUGACGAUACCACGGACGGUGCUGACGAUACCACGGACGGUGCUGACGAUACCACGGACGGUGCCGACGAUACCACUGACGGUGCUGACGAUACCACGGACGGUGCUGACGAUACCACGGACGGUGCCGACGAUACCACUGACGGUGCUGACGAUACCACGGACGGUGCUGACGAUACCACGGACGGUGCUGACGAUACCACGGACGGUGCCGACGAUACCACGGACGGUGCCGACGAUACCACAGACGGUGCCGACGAUACCACAGACGGUGCCGACGAGACUGACGACACUACUGAUGGUGCCGACGAUACCACAGACGGUGCCGACGAGAUUGACGACGCUACUGAUGGUGCUGACGAGAUUGACGACGCUACCGAUGGUGCCGACGAGACUGACGACACUACCGAUGGUGCCGACGUGACUGACGACACUACCGAUGGUACCGACGAUGCCACUGACGGUGCCGACGAGACUGACGACACUACCGAUGGUGCUGACGAGACUGACGACACUACCGAUGGUGCCGACGAUGCCACUGACGGUGCCGACGAGACUGACGACACUACCGAUGGUGCCGACGAUACCACGGACGGUGCCGAUGAUGCCGACGAGACUACCGAUGGUGCCGACGAUACCACAGACGGUGCCGACGAGAUUGACGACGCUACCGAUGGUGCCGACGAGACUGACGGCACUACAGAUGGUGCCGGCGAGACCGAUGACACCACCGAUGGUACUGACGAGACUGACGAUGGCACUGAGGAAGGUGGCGAUCUCACCGAGGAGGGCGACGAUGCUACUGACGAUGGCGAGGCUGAGGAUUCAGACUUGAUCGAGGAGGAGGAGGAGAACGACGAUAGCCUCCACAACGUUCCCAUUGGCGGCGAGGACUAUGGCUUUUAA